GAAACCCUGAGUGCUCAACCUAGCCGUCAUCCCUCCUUCUCCUCUUCUCCUUCUUUCUUUCUUCUCCCCUUGCGCCGCCAGUGAGCAGCUGAGCCGCCAUCAGCCGCUACACGGCCCCACAGAAACACCAGCAGCAGCAGCCUCCCUUCCCUCCUUCUCCUUUCUCUCCCCUCUCCCUCACUACUGAGCAGCCACCACCCCGGGAGCAGCAGCUGGUAGCCUCCCACAACCGCCACAAGCAGCACCCGGCCUUCCUCCUCACUCCCGCGUGCAGCCUCAGCAGCAGGCAGCUGCAGUUGCGCAUCACAGCAGCAGUAGGCUGCGGGUUUGCUUCCCCACCGGCUCCGCGCAGCCCUCCUCCACCACCAACACCUUGAGUCACGCCACCACCACAAGAACCACCAACCUCUUGACCCAUUUUCUAGUUUCACCUAUUGUGCCCACCUCAUAAGAGAAAAGUAGAACCUUAGUCGGGUGAUUUUUGUAACUUGUGGUCGUGCAGUGACGCUUGCAGCAGGAGGAUCAUAGCUUGACAUGACAGGUAUAGGAGCUUCUUUUGCUUUGCAUUGGGGGAAAGAGCGGAGUACGGUCGUAACAAUUGUGUUCAAGUUGCCUAAUGCUUGUAGCUUCUAUAUUACUUGUCAUAAAUUCUCAAAUCACUUUCUUGUAGGUCAUCCACAACUGAUUAAGCUUCAGUUUUAGCUCGAUAAUGACGGCUACGAGUUCUUCAAGGCAAGUGAAAUUGGAUAGAGAGUGCGAAUUACGAAUCGAAGUUGGUGAGAAUUCUCCCCUCCGCCUUCGAUUGCUGAAUGGUACUGCUGAGAUUUUCGGAACUGAACUUCCUCCUGAAAUUUGGCUCAAUUUUCCUCCUCGCCUCAAAUUUGCGAUUUUUACUUGGCAUGGUGCCACAAUUGAAAUGGACAGUGGGCCUGAUACAUCUGAUUAUGUGGCUGAUGAGACGCCGAUGAUUAGUUAUGUCAAUGUUCAUGCUAUACUACAAGCACGAAGGAACAAAGCUAAAUCAUCUUCCUCCAAUGAUGUUGAGUCCUCUCAGGGUCCUAGAGUUAUUGUGGUGGGCCCCACUGAUUCUGGAAAGAGUACUCUGUCAAGGAUGCUUCUUAGUUGGGCUGCCAAACAGGGUUGGAAGCCAACUUUUGUGGACUUGGAUAUAGGCCAGGGAAGUAUAACGAUCCCCGGGUGCAUUGCAGCAACUCCAAUUGAGAUGCCAAUUGAUCCAGUAGAAGGAAUUCCUCUUGAAAUGCCCUUGGUUUACUUCUAUGGACACACGACUCCCAGUGCUAAUGUUGACUUAUAUAAAUUAGUUGUGAAAGAACUUGCUAAAACACUCGGAAGGCAAUUUACUGGUAAUUGUGAAUCACGAGCUGCCGGAAUGGUGAUCAAUACAAUGGGUUGGAUAGAAGGAGUAGGUUAUGAGCUGCUGCUUCAUGCUAUUGAUGCUUUUAAUGCAGAUGUUGUAUUGGUUUCAGGCCAGGAAAAGCUAUGUAGUAUGCUUAAAGACGUGUUGAAGAGCAAACCCAAGGUUGAUGUAGUGAAACUACAAAAAUCUGGAGGUGUUGUCUCUCGUACACCAAAAUACCGACAAAAAUCCAGAAGCUACAAGAUAAGGGAAUACUUUUAUGGCAUGUCAAAUGAGCUUUCUCCCCAUUCCAACGUUGCUAGUUUCAGUGACUGGACUGUCUAUCGAAUUGGCGGUGGACCACAAGCACCACGAUCAGCUCUGCCUAUUGGUGCAGAGCCUGCAGCAGACCCGACCAGGGUGGUUCCUGUUAACAUUAGCCAAGAUUUGCUUCAUCUUGUGCUAGCUGUUUCAUAUGCCAAGAAUCAAGAGGAAAUUAUUUCUAGUAAUGUUGCUGGGUUUGUUUAUAUUACAGAUAUUGAUGUUCAAAGGAGAAAAAUAACAUACCUUGCACCAUCAGCAGGAGAAUUACCUGGCAGAAUUUUGCUGUUGGGGACUUUAACGUGGUUAGAAACUUGAUGCAGAGGUGGAUUUCGUUAAUAUCACCUUUAAGGUGGGGCAAAUUGUUGCAGUUUAUAAGUAAGACUGACUGUCAUCCCAUACGUGAAAAAUGGAAGCGAAAUGAAAAUAGGUAGCUUGACAAAUAGCUGCUAUACUAGUAGGUUAUGGUGUUUGUUAACUACUAGUAUUAUUUGCUGCCUCCUUUUGAGACGGGUUAGCAUAGCUGAACAUGCUUGUUCAUCAAUAACAUCUGUUAAGUAACAAGUAUUUCAAUUGUCACCAUUCCCCUUCCUAAAACCCCCCAAAAAUUUCUGAAUCGUCCUUGGCCGGUUCUCGCUUGCGCAUACUGAACAAAAUGCUACACUUGACUAAAUUGAUGUGGAUUGAACAAUGAUAGUGUAGAUAGGGUGAACCUGAGAUGGUGCAUCAUUUUGUAUUGAAUUUUCUAUGCUGGUAAUCAAGGCUGAUGUAUGAAACUAGUUAUGCUAGUGAAAUAUUAGCUCAGUUGAACGGGA